UUGUCCAGUCCACAUAUUUGCAGUGCAGUCAAAGCAACAAAUUGGUGAUAGUGAUGUGAAAAAUAUAACACAAAUUGAUUGCAUAAUCGCUUUGACGAAGCUAAGAAAUAUGUAAAGAUACGAUACGAAAAGAGGCCUAUUUUUAUCGGCAGUUUAAAAAGAAUUGUCGUCAUCCCAUGGUUUCUUUGCAAUUCGCACAUUACACAUCCAAUUUGCACGGGUUUAGGAGAAACAAUGAAGAAUGAAAGAAUCAAACAGAAGGUAUUUUUCGGACGUCCACGAAUGGCGUUAAUUAAACCGAUUUUGACGCCAUCAACUUGUAUUUAGUAGCAGCAGCAGAAGUAGUAGGAGAAAAAGCUAUAAAAAUCGCUUUUUGUAAUUACAUUAAAGCGGACGCAGCUUCCUAUGAUCCGUAAUCAAAUAAAGUGAAAAAUCACCUGGUUUAAUCUUUAUUGCAAAGGCAGGAGAGAAGUAGCGAGAGAUAAAUAUUAUUGCGCGACUAUGCGGUUCGUGUGGUGCUUCGUGGUAGUUUUCAGCUUUGCUGCUUCAGAUGCUCAUCGAUUUGGAUACAGCCAAUCCGAGCAGCUGAAAUGGAAGAACAUCAAUUCGGAUUGCGAGGCAGGAUUGCAAUCUCCGAUCGGGAUCAGCGGUCACAGGGCUAUACCUUUGACCAUGCCUGCUCUUGAGAUGGUCAGGUACCAUGACCUUCUUCCAGGACCUUUAGAGCUUCACAAUAAUGGACAUUCUGCUUCUGUGGCGAUUCCAAAGUUGGAGGAAGGUGACCCAAAGGAGAAGUACGUACCUUACAUCUUCGGUGCAAAGUUGAACAGCGAGUACGAGAUGGAAGCUCUUCAUUUCCAUUGGGGCGAUAAGAACAACGAAGGGUCCGAGCACGUGAUAAACGAUAUCCGCUUCCCGAUGGAGAUGCACAUCAUCCACAGGAACAGGAAAUACGCGACGAUGGAAGAAGCACUCGGUUACCGCGACGGACUCACCGUUCUCGGCUUCUUCUUCCAGCUGCGUGAGAAGGAGAACAAGCAAUUGGCGCAACUCGUGAAAUUCCUCCCUUCGGUCUUGGAUUUCAACAAACGCGUGCAGAUCAAUGAAACCUUCACCUUGGCCAGCAUCUUACCGCCUUUUGAAACCAUGGAGAGGUUCUACACCUAUCGCGGAUCUUUAACAACUCCUCCAUGCUCGGAAGCGGUCACUUGGAUCCUCUUCCCAGAUCCGCUCCCAGUCUCCGUAUCGCAGAUGAACAAGUUCCGAAGAUUGAAGGCCGAUGAAGAGCAAACGCUUUUGACCCACAACUACAGGGAGGUCCAGAAGUUAGGUCCAAGACGAGUCUUCGUCAGGAAGCUGAAACCGAGAGGCGUCAAGUACAAUUCCACGAUACACUACUCCAAGUGGGAUUGGGUCACCAACUACUCGUGAAUUCGCGACCUGCUGCUAAUCUUUUAUUGGCAUUAGCACGAAGAAACAAACAAACUUAAUACUAUUUACUUAAGUCAUCGAACGCUAUUUAUAUUACUUAAUAGUUGGAUUACAUUACAUGUACAUAAUACCAGAAAACAAUAAAAACGUUCAUUUUUG